AGAAGAGUCCGUACCUGAGUCGCUCCGGGUUGUGUACUAACUUUAAAGAGUUCCGCCUGAGCAGGAGACACACAUCCGCUUCUGAUCCGCUGCCCUCCGUCCGCAGUCCGGAUGAAAGCGGUCAUUCUCGCCGCUGGUUACGGGACCAGGCUCCAGAGGGAUGUGUCGGCGGACAGCAGCGGCAGGUUCGAUCACCUGGUCGGCUGUGCGAAGCCGCUGCUGCCGGUGGGACGCUGCGCUCUCAUCUCUCACUGGGUUGGAGCUCUCACCUCGUCCUGCGCUGUGGACGCUGUCUAUGUUGUUACCAACGCUCUCUACCGAGCUGCAUUUGAAGAGUGGGCCGCACGUUUCACUAACGUCAAGAUUCUCAGCGAUCAGACGAGAAGCAAUGACGAGCGCCUUGGUGCUGUGGCCUGCCUGCAGCUUGCAGUAAAGCACUUCAAGAUAGAAGACCAUGUUAUAGCUAUUGGAGGUGAUACACUCUUCAAAGAAGAUUUUAGCCUCAGUCAGGUCAAAGAGAAGUUCUCUGACUUCCAGGCAAAGUGUGAUGACAGCUGUCUAGUGCUGUCAUACCAGUGCAAAGAUGAAGAAACCCAUAAAUACGGGAUACUGGAAGUAGACAGUGAACUUUGUGUCCUCUGCAUGAAGGAGAAACCUCUUCCUUCUGAGACUAAGUCAAGGAGAGCAUGUCCUUGUUUCUAUGUGUUUUCAAAGAAAAGUCUGCCUCUGUUGGAUACAUUCCUUGAGGAAAAGGAGGAUGCUCCUAUUGAACAAAAAGAUGCCCCAGGAAACUUUGUGUCUUGGCUCAUUCCAAGGAAACCAGUUUAUGUUCAUCAGAUUUCUGGGCGUUUUGAUGUUGGAAACCUGCCGUCCUAUAUUGAAUGUGACCUUUACUUCAAAGAAAAUCUUCAUGAUGUAAAGUCUUACAUGAUGUAGAAGAAACAGAAAAUAUUUUUUAAACAUGCUGGAAAAAAAACAGAAAAAAAAGUCACCUGAAUCAUGAAAUUAUGGUCAAGAAUCGGUAACAGGAAAACAA